AUGGCAGACAUCCCCACGGUUGAGCCUCAUGGGCUCGCCAUGGCCCAACUUGUUUCGUCCAUUGUAUUUGGAGUCCUGAGCACCAUCUUGGUGUUCCUGCGGUGUUUGGUCAGGUUUAAGCACGAUGUGUUCGGCUUGGACGAUGGCCUUAUGGUCGCUGGCUACUAUGUCUGGCUCUUCCAGAUCUUCUACUGCGCGGCCCUCGUCUUCAUCAAAGCGUCCAUCUGCGCAACCCUUCUACGAAUCGCCGUCGUGCCCACGCACCGCGCCAUCGCUUGGGCGACCCUGGCAAUGGCCAUUUGCUCGGCGCUCAUCGUCUUCAUCAGCCUUUUUGUUCUCUGCCGGCCCCUGCCGGCCACGUGGACCGGCGAGGGAACAUGCGCGGCCCCGGCUACUCUAGCCAUCCUGAGUUACUUUGUCUCGGCAUCGUCGCUGGUCACCGACCUGGUUUGUGCCGUGCUGCCUGGCUUCAUGCUUUACAAGACCCAGAUGAAGAUGGCGACAAGGGUAUCCGUCACCGUCGUGCUUGGGCUGGGUGCCAUAGCGUCUGUAGCUACGAUCAUUCGAAUGCCCUACAUCAAAUUCUAUUUCAAUCCGGCCGAGGAUUAUCUGUACCGUGUCUGCAACGUCGCUCUGUGGUGCAUCUUCGAAACGGGAAUCGGCAUCGUCGCCGGGUGCUUGCCGCCGUUGCGGAGGCUGGUAAAGCGCUGGGUCAACUUCGACUCGUCACGCGGAAACUCCUCAGGGCCCAAGUCGUAUGGGAGCUCCAAUCCGCUGGGGGUCACCAGCAAGGCCGGGACGGCAAGCCGCUCGCAUCGGUUCGGCAAGCCGCGAAAGGCGACGAAUGGUCCCCCGGUCGGCGACUGGGAGCGGCUCGACGAUGAUUCAUCAAAGCGGCGCAUCUAUGUCACGACGGAUAUGGAGAUGACCACGAUGACAAAAGGCGCGACAUCGGAAGGGAGCCACGACUCGAUCGAAGAGCUCACCAGGCGCGCCUGA